UAUCCAAGAGAAGAAUUGAUUGCCAGAAGAACAUUCUUCGCCCCGGCGAGCGCAACAAACUAAACUUUACACAUCAGUGUCACUAGACGAAACGAGACGAAACGAGACAAAGGUGCUACGGAACCGUCGCAAUUGCUACCAAUUGUCGCAAGAGAAUGGCCAGACAGGACAGGAUGAGAAAUGCAAGUCAGCCUGCCUUGCAGGUCAUUGUGCUGGGCGCGAGUGGUGGACCACGGGAGGACAAUGUCACCGCUUUCCUCGUACGGUCUGUUAGAACUAACUGGAGUCGGGGAUCAUUAGUUGCUCUCGAUGGCGGCGUUCACCUCUCCGCCAUCACUCAAAUUCUCGAGGAGACGCAGCCACCAGGCCUCGGUUCUGAUAUUGCAUUACCACAUGUCUUAAGGACAGGACCCUUUGCGGGUAUGGAAAUCCAUUCUACCUCGGCGUCGGCCAACGCACUUGAUGUAUCAAAAAAUCUUGUCGACUCGUACCUAAUCACUCACCCUCAUCUGGACCAUAUCAGCGGAUUCGUUCUCAACACCGCAGCUCCUCCAGGAACAAAACCAAAACGCAUCGCCGGUCUGCCCUCCACCAUCUCUGCAUUUAAGACGCAUAUUUUCAACAAUAUCAUCUGGCCAAAUUUAUCUGAUGAGAAUAAUGGCGCCGGCCUCGUAACUUAUAUGCGUUUAAUCGAGGGAGGUAGUCCGGCUCUUGGCGAAGGGGCAGAUAGAGGCUACCUAGAAGUUAGCGAUGGUCUCGCAGUUAAAGUCUUCGGCGUCAGCCACGGACAUUGCAUGGAAAAACAUGCCCACAGGGGUUCGACGUCUUCACGCUACGGGAGUACAGAUGGAUCUCUCAUAUCGCCGAGAAAUGUUAGUAGUACCAAUGGCGCUUCGGGACCGUCAGUUAUCUUCAGGAACGGUGUCAGAACUCAAUCCAUAGGUGAAAUUGAGCGGGAAACAGAAUGCGUCUACGACUCGAGUGCAUACUUUAUCCGGGACGCGUUCAGCGGUCGCGAAGUCCUGAUGUUCGGCGAUGUGGAGCCCGAUAGCAUCUCGUUGUCUCCAAGGAACAUUGGGGUUUGGCUUGAAGCGGCUCCGAAGAUCGCAACCGGACACCUCGCAGCGAUUUUUAUCGAAUGCUCGUACGACGACAGUCGAACGGACGACAGACUCUACGGCCAUUUAACCCCGCGUUACAUCAUCCAAGAGAUGCAGACGCUCGCGGCAGAAGUCGAGAGAAUUCGCCAGGUCCCAGCUAGGCUCGAACCGACUAAGAAACGAAAGAGGGAGCUGGAAGAAUCAGGCAGGAGAGCCAACAGAGCCAUUGCCAGGGCUACUCACGGGCCCGUACCGGUAGACGACCGGUCUGUGUCGCCGAAAUCGAUGCGACCACCAAAGGGCACGAAAUCCGAGCCCAGUGAAAACAUCAUUUCUUCGCAUCUCACGAUUCCAACUGCCGAGAUGAAUUUGAAGGAUGCUAGUAUACUGCGGACUCCGAAGAUGCCCAAUGCUCUCCGAGGGCUAACGGUAGUUAUCAUCCAUACCAAGGAAACCUUCGACGGCAAAGAACCGGCAGGAGACAAGAUAUUGAAAGAGAUACUCGCACACGAGGAGGAUGCCAGGCUAGGCUGCGAAUAUAUCCUCUCGCGAAGAGGGCAGAGUCUCACUUUCUAAAUUUCCCUUUAGUUACAUGUACGGCUGGGGGGAAAGGGGGGGAGGGUGUUGGUAAAUAUAGCACUAGGUGUGUCAGCAUGCAGUGUUUGCUGGACAGGGUUAUACCAUUUUUUUGUACGUGAGAUAAGUUCGUUGAUUUGUUUCAACAUCUGGGUUAGAUGUAUGACACUGGCGUUUUAGGAAGAAGCUGUCGUCGGGACGAAGGCAGGCUUUGCGGUUUCGGCAGGCGUCAAGGACUAGAUACCUAAAUGGGGAGUUAGAAGGCAGGCAUGGUGUAAGAUGAUGCGUAUGAAUUGUAUGAAUUCAAUGAGGCGGAUGAUAUUUUCGUUAAAAGAUAUUUGUUACUUCUUUAUGAUUAUACUGCUUUAUGGUUCGAUAAAUUAGAUACCAUCAUAAGGAGGAGCCUAUACUAUUAUGUCCUGAUGGUUUACAGCUUAGGAGUCUAGUGUGAAAUUUCUCUCGUUCCGAUUCAACUUCGGGAACACUUUUGAGCCCCGAGCAAGCGUUCCGAAACAUUACAUCACCACCCAAC